AUGGGUGAUCAAAAUAGAAACAACAUCAGAGUAGUGUGUCGUUUUCGACCUCAGAAUAAACGUGAAAACGCAGAAGGUGGUGUCCAUAUCAUAACAUUCGAUGAAGGAAGUGACGACACCGUUCGAAUGGAAGGUAAAGAAUACCAAGGAAACUUUACCUUCGAUGCCAUUUUCCCCACAACCACAACCCAAAAACAAGUGUUCGAACACUCAAUUAAACCUAUUGUCGAUGAUGUUAUCGGAGGUUACAACGGAACUGUAUUUGCUUAUGGUCAAACUGGUUCCGGAAAAACAUUUACAAUGAUGGGUGCCGAUAUUGAUAACGAAGAAUUAAAAGGUCUUAUUCCGCGGAUUGUCGAACAAAUUUUCCAUGAUAUACUUGAAUCACCAUCAACAAUGGAAUAUACCGUUAAAGUCUCGUAUAUGGAAAUUUAUAUGGAAAAAAUCCGUGAUUUAUUAAAUCCACAAAAUGAUAAUCUUCCUAUCCACGAAGAAAAGAAUCGAGGUGUGUACGUAAAAGGUCUUUUGGAAGUAUAUGUCAGCUCAGUACAAGAAGUCUACGAAGUGAUGAAACGUGGUGGAAAUGCUCGUGUAGUUGCUUAUACCAACAUGAAUGCUGAAUCUUCUCGUUCACAUUCGAUUUUUGUUAUCACUGUCUCUCAAAAAAAUCUUGCUGAUGGAAGCGUCAAAAGUGGAAGACUAUCACUCGUCGAUUUGGCUGGUUCAGAAAAAGUUGGUAAAACUGGUGCAUCUGGUCAAACCCUUGAAGAAGCCAAGAAAAUUAACAAGUCAUUAUCAGCUCUUGGAAUGGUCAUUAACGCCUUGACUGAUGGCAAAUCUACUCACAUUCCUUAUCGAGACAGUAAAUUGACUAGAAUUCUGCAAGAAUCUUUGGGUGGUAACUCUCGAACGACGCUCAUCAUAAAUUGUUCUCCAUCCUCAUUUAACGAAGCUGAAACUCUAAGUACAUUAAGAUUCGGUAUGAGGGCCAAGAGUAUCAAGAAUAAAGCAAGAGUCAACGCUGAACUCAGUCCUGCCGAACUCAAGGCUUUGUUGAAAAAAGCCAAAAGCGAAGCAGUAUCAUUCCAACAAUAUAUUAGUGCAUUGGAAGGAGAAAUUGGAAUAUGGCGCUCAGGUGGCACUGUUCCUAAGGAAAAUUGGGUUUCGGCAGAUAAAGCAGGUGCUGGCGCUGUCACGCCAUCUACACCCACAACUCCUGCCGCGCCAAAUCCUGCAGUUGAAGCUGCCAAAAAAGAAUUUGAAUCGCGGCCAAGUACACCAGCCCCGAUAUUAGAAAAAGAUGAACGCGAAGAAUUUCUUAAACGCGAGAAUGAGCUUACAGAUCAGAUAGCUGAGAAAGAAUCACUUUUGGCUAAACAAGAGAAAUUACUUGCAGAAAUGAAAGAAGAACUUGGUUACUUCAAAGAACAAGAAGAAACAAUCACAAAAGAAAAUAAAGAAAUGGCAAGUGAACUAAGUGAACUAAAAUUACAACUAGAAAAAGUCACAUAUGAUAACAAGGAAGGCGCUAUCACAAUUGAUAGUCUACGUGAAGCUAAUGCAGAGCUAAGUAGUGAACUUGAACAACUUAAGAAAACUCUAGUUGAGCUCAAGAUAUCACAAAAAGAGGGAGACAAAGAACAGAAGAAACAAGAAAAAAUGGCUCAAAUGAUGGCGGAAUUAGAUCCUUCAGGGGUUAUUUCUGCUAAGGAGAAACAAAUCCGUGAAGCACUUAAUAAACUAGACUCUAUUGACGGAAGUGGAUCCGCUACUCUCACCAUGGAAGAACUUGCAACGCUUCGGCGUGAAUUGGCAGAUUCAAAGAGUUUGGUUACUCAGCAUGAACAGACUAUCAGUGAACUACAUUAUGAAAAUGAACAUUUAACAAGAAAGAGAGAUGAACUCGAAGUCCGCUUGACAACUUUGGAAUUAGAAUAUGAAGAAUUAUUAGAUAAGACAAUUGCUGAUGAAGAAGCAAAUAGUAAGAUUGAUAUUACAGAGACAAUACAAGAAUUACGGGCGAAACUCGAGGGUCAAUACUCAGCAAAGAAAGAAGUACAACAAAAAGAGAUCGAAGAGCUAAAACAAGAACUAGAAAAGAAGAACGAGGAAUUGCAUAAACUCAACAGUGCCCUUGCAGAACUAAAGAGAGCUAAUGAAGAGUUACAGAAUGCGAUCACAGAGAAAGAAACCCGCAUUGAAGGUCGCAAAGACACGGCCGAAAAAGAAAAAGAUAUGGAACGUAUCCGCAAGACAAUGGCCCAACAAUUGGCCGAUUUUGACGUCAUGAAGAAAGCUUUGAUGCGUGAUUUACAAAAUCGUUGCGAAAAAGUCGUUGAACUUGAGAUUUCAUUAGAUGAAACCCGAGAACAAUAUAAUAAUGUUUUACGUAAUAGUAAUAAUAAAGCUCAACAAAAGAAAAUGGCCUUUUUGGAAAGGAAUCUGGAGCAACUCACAAAUGUGCAGAAACAGCUUGUUGAACAAAAUUCAUCGCUAAAGAAAGAAGUUGCCAUAGCAGAACGAAAACUUCUUGCACGAAAUGAACGUAUUCAAGCAUUAGAAGCAUUAUUGCAAGAUGCUCAAGAGAAAUUGACAACACAAAAUCAAAAAUUCGAGGCACAAUUACAAGCAGUCCGAGAGCGAUUAGAACAAGCACGAUCACAAAAAUCCGCCAGUUUGUUGGGUUCCUUUGCCAACAACCCCAACAACCGAAUUGCCAAGCCCCUCAGAGGGCAAGGACAUCCAUCUCUAGAGGGUGUCGAUAAUGUUGGUGGAUCACCAACAGGAAAUUCGUUCGCGGCGGCGAUACAGGUGGUUCUUUUGUUGCCCAGUGACGUAAUGAGAUCCGGGUACGGGAAUACCUUGUCAACACCGGGCAGGACCGAACGUCGGACAUCAUGGCUUCCCGGCUUCCGAUAA